AUGUCAGUCAACUCCGCUCCCUCCCCGUCCUCCUCUUCGCCGCUCGGUCGGAAUCGAAGUUCGCUAUUAUCCAAGAUCCGUUCGCCGUUCAGUCACCAAAAUCGCAGCAUCGCCGACUUCUAUGUCGAACCCGACGAUCCGUGGCGCUCCUACUUCCCCGGUGAUGUGGUCAAGGGCACCGUGGUCCUGACUGUCGUACGACCGGUUCGCAUAACACAUUUGGUGGUCUCGCUGCAUGGACACGUCAAGGUCUUCAAGAACACGGUGGCUUCGGGAGAGCUGGAUGCCGAGGUCGGGAGCCUGGGUCCGGGACGCGGACGUCGAGGGCCGGAAUACUUGGGCAAUGGCCUGGCUACCCUGUUCGAAGAUGAGAUGGUUCUCUGCGGUGACGGACGCCUCAAGGAGGGAGUGUACAAAUUUCGCUUCGAGAUGUGCUUCCCUCCGUAUGCGCUCCCCAGCAGUAUCAACUUCGAGCGAGGGACGAUCUCCUACGUGCUUACAUCCACCCUAACGAAACCUACCACGAUGAACCCGACGCUGUCCUGCCGAAGGCGCAUCAACUUUCUCGAAAACAUCGACAUCGCUCCCUUUCCGGCCCCCAAGGCUCGAAUCGUCACCCUCGAACCUGUCUCCAAACGCUCGAAAUCGAAGGGCAAGGCAAAAUCGCUGGAAUCGGAUACGGCUCCGGAUACUCCGUCGCGGAAGUCGUCAUCCACCAGUGGCGGGACGGUUGGAGACAGUCGACCUCCCCUGAGCCCGGCCCCCAGCAAUGUCAGCUCGUCGAGCCGCCUCAGCAACAGCAGCCAGAGCUUCCAACUCGUCAGUGACCCAAGCUCCUCGGGGACCGGGGUCCGCAAUGGGAGCAUCACACCCUCGAUCGGUGAUAAGACCAUCACCGCAAAGACCGAAGUCUUGCGGGCUGGCGUGCUGCCGGGCGACACGUUACCGAUUAUCAUCACCAUCAAUCAUUGCAAGCAAGUGCGCAGCGCGCAUGGGAUCAUUGUUACUUUUUACCGCCAGGGGCGCAUCGAUCUCCAUCCUGCCCUCCCGGUCGGCCCGACAGGCGAAGGGAAAAAGCCUGUGUACGAGGACUACUACCCACGGUCACGGACCGGGCUUGGGGGGCUUUCCAUCGGCACCAGUCGCACGAGCAGCGUCUUCCGAAAAGAUUUGACCCAGACCUUUGCUCCGCUGGUGGUGGACCCCACCAAUAUGACCGCGGUCGUCAAGACUUCGAUACGCAUUCCCGAAGACGCCUUCCCGACCAUCACGCGCACGCCGGGCGGUAUGAUUAAUUUCCGGUAUUACGUGGAGGUGGUGGUCGACCUGCGCGGCAAGCUUACCUCGCCGGAACGGUUUCUCCCCCGAUUCCACAUGGUCUCGUCGGGGAGUAACUUCUCUCCCAGUGGCCAAGUUCUCAACCCGAGCGACGCCAACGGGAACGCGGUCACCACGAAUUGGGCCGGCAAUAUUCUGGAUACCGCGCAGAUCCGUCGCGAAAAGGGAGUCGUGGCGGUCGCAUUCGAGAUCGUCAUCGGAACACGUGACUCGCAACGGCGCAAGGAGGCUGCUGAACGCCCGUCGUCCCUUGCCGCCGGAUCUGACGUCCAGCCUCAGCCACUCUUUGUCGAGCGGGACCAUCUGCCGAUCGAUCCCAGUCCGAUACCGAGUGCCGGGACGGAAUUCUCGCGGCAAUCCGACUACGGCUUCCCUCCCGAGCUGCCAUGGCCCGAGCAUGGACUCGAUACGCCUCAACCAUACCACUUCCUGGGGGAAGUGAUCCCCACCCCACGUUCGGAAGAACCGACGGAUGAGAAGUCGCGGUUACGGCACGCCGAGCAGACGCUCUUACCCAGUCAACCACCUGACGAAUCCGAAGCCGGGCCAUCGCGGGGUCACCUGGAACCUCCCACGGCUCCUGUGCUACCCGAAGAUGACCACAUCCACGGCUACCAUCAUCUUCCGUCGCCGGUGGAGAACGGGCUUCCGCCGCCGCUCGUGCCUGCCGAAUCCGUGCAGACUGUGGUUGCCAGGAGCCGUGCGACCGCGUCGAACGGGACUCCAGUAGUUCCGGGUGAAGACAAGCAGGAACUGGAGCGACAGCGUCUCCUGAUGGAAGCAAGCGCUCCUGAAGACAUGGAUGUCUCGAAUGGACACUCCGCCGUUGAAGGUCCCAGUGCUCCGGUCUUCCACCACAACGACGACGAGCAGCUGGUGGGAGGGGCCGCGCAUGGAGACGAGUCACUCCCGCGGUACCAGAGAUGA